CCCCGCCGGCCCCCGCGCCCCGGCCCCCACGGCCCGCGGUAUGGCCCCGGGCUCGGCGCUGCCGCCGCUGUGCGCCCCGGCCGUCUGGGUGGCCGCCGCGCUCCUGCUCUGCGCGCCCCGGACCUCAGGGGACCUGGAGGCGCCUGACCCGAGUGACCCUUUGGGACAACUGGACGGACCGGACGGCCCCCUUCCAACUCUGAAAGGCUACUUUCUGAACUUCCUGGAGCCGGUGAACAACAUCACCAUAGUCCAAGGCCAGACGGCCAUCCUGCACUGCAAGGUGGCCGGGAACCCCGCGCCCACGGUGCGGUGGCUGAAGAACGACGCGCCCGUGGUGCAGGAGCCCCGGCGGGUCAUCGUCCGCAAGACGGAGUACGGAUCCCGGCUGCGGAUCCAAGACCUGGACACGACGGACACGGGCUACUACCAGUGCGUGGCCACCAACGGCGUGAAGACCAUCACCGCCACAGGCGUGCUGUUCGUGCGGCUCGGUCCAACACACAGCCCAAAUCAUCACUUUCAAGACGACUACCACGAGGACGGCUUCUGCCAGCCAUACCGGGGGAUUGCGUGUGCACGCUUCAUCGGGAACCGGACCAUUUACGUGGACUCCCUCCAGAUGCAGGGAGAGAUUGAAAACCGCAUCACAGCGGCCUUCACCAUGAUCGGCACCUCCACGCACCUGUCAGACCAGUGCUCGCAGUUUGCCAUCCCGUCCUUCUGCCACUUCGUGUUCCCGCUGUGCGACGCGCGCUCCCGGCUGCCCAAGCCCCGCGAGCUGUGCCGGGACGAGUGUGAGGUGCUGGAGAGCGACCUGUGUCGCCAGGAGUACACCAUCGCGCGCUCCAACCCGCUCAUCCUUAUGCGGCUGCAGCUGCCCAAGUGCGAGGCGCUGCCCCUGCCCGAGAGCCCGGACGCCGCCAACUGCAUGCGCAUCGGUAUCCCCGCGGAGAGGCUGGGCCGCUACCAUCAGUGCUACAACGGCUCGGGCACGGAUUACAGAGGCACGGCCAGCACCACCAAGUCGGGCCACCAGUGCCAGCCCUGGGCCCUGCAGCUCCCCCACAGCCACCAGCUGAGCAGCGCAGACUUCCCCGAGCUCGGAGGGGGGCACGCCUACUGCCGCAACCCCGGGGGGCAGAUGGAGGGCCCCUGGUGCUUUACGCAGAAUAAACACGUGCGCGUGGAACUGUGUGACGUUCCCCCUUGUAGUCCCCAGGACAGCAGCAGGAUGGGGAUUUUGUACAUCCUGGUCCCGAGCAUCGCCAUUCCUUUGGUCAUCGCGUGCCUCUUCUUCCUGGUCUGCGUGUGCCGGAAUAAGCAGAAGGCUUCCGCGUCUACACCACAGCGGCGGCAGCUGAUGGCCUCGCCCAGCCAGGACGUGGAGAUGCCUCUCAUCACCCAGCACAAGCAGGCCAAGCUCAAGGAGAUCAGCUUGUCGUCGGUGAGGUUCAUGGAGGAGCUCGGGGAGGACCGGUUUGGGAAGGUCUACAAGGGCCACCUGUUCGGCCCGGCCCCGGGGGAGCAGAGCCAGGCCGUGGCCAUCAAGACGCUGAAGGACAAGGCGGAGGGCCCGCUGCGGGAGGAGUUCCGGCACGAGGCCAUGCUGCGGGCCCGGCUGCAGCACGCCAACAUCGUCUGCCUGCUGGGGGUGGUGACCAAGGACCAGCCCCUCAGCAUGGUGUUCAGCUACUGCUCGCACGGGGACCUGCACGAGUUCCUGGUCACGCGCUCGCCGCACUCGGACGUGGGCAGCACGGACGACGACCGCACGGUGAGGUCCGCCCUGGAGCCCCCCGACUUCGUGCACGUCGUGGCGCAGAUCGCCUCGGGCAUGGAGUACCUGUCCAGCCGCCACGUGGUGCACAAGGACCUGGCCACCCGCAACGUCCUCGUGUAUGACAAGCUGAGCGUGAAGGUCUCGGACCUGGGGCUAUUCCGCGAGGUGUACUCGGCUGACUACUGCCGGCUGGCAGGCGGCGCACUGCUGCCCGUGCGCUGGAUGUCCCCCGAGGCCCUCACGCACGGCAAGUUCUCCGUGGACUCGGACAUCUGGUCCUACGGCGUGCUGCUGUGGGAGGUCUUCAGCCACGGCCUGCAGCCCUACUGCGGCCACUCCAACCAGGACGUGGUGGACAUGGUGCGCGGCCGGCAGGUGCUGCCUUGCCCCGACGACUGCCCGGCCUGGGUGUACGCCCUGAUGGUCGAGUGCUGGCACGAGGCCCCCAGCCGGCGGCCCCGCUUCAAGGACAUCCACAGCAGGCUCCGCGCCUGGGGCAGCCUGUCCGCCUACAACAGCUCGGCACAGACCUCGGGGGCCAGCAACGCCACGCAGACCAGCUCCCUGAGCACCAGCCCCGUCAGCAACGUCAGCAACGCCCGCUACGGGGGCCCCAAGCAGAAGGCCCAGGCCUUCCCGCAGCCGCCGUUCAUGCCCAUGAAAGGCCAGAUCAGGCCCAUGGUGCCCCCUCCCCAGCUCUACAUCCCUGUCAACGGUUACCAGCCCGUGCCGGCCUACGGGGCCUACCUGCCCAACUUCUACCCGGUCCAGAUCCCCGUGCCGAUGGCGCCGCCGCAUGUGCCCGCUCCGGUGGCCCCGAAGCCCGGCUCCCACCACAGUGGCAGCGGCUCCACCAGCACGGGCUACGUGACCACGGCGCCCUCCAACACGUCCAUGGCGGACAGGGCGGCCCUGCUCGCGGAGGCCGCGGAGGACACGCCGAAUGUCCCCGGAGACGCGGCCCAGACCCCCGGGCAGGAAGGGGAGGGGGAGGAGGACGGCUCCGUCCCCGAGACCGAGCUGCUGGGGGACAAUGACACUCUGCAGGUGGACGAGGCCGAGGUCCCCCUGGGCAGCCUGAGGGGCACGGGGCCACUGGGCACCCCGGGGGAGGCUUGAGCCCCAGGCGCGGGGUAGGGGGCGCCGGUUUGCCGUCUCUCGGCGCAACCUCUGCUCCCCCGCCGUCCUCUUGUGCACAGAGCGGCCGCUCCCGCCCCCAGCGGCCAGAGGGUCUUUGAG